AUGAAUAACGGUUUUUUCUACACUGACCUGGUUUCUUCCAUCGCUUCUACCUCCGCAAACGUCAAACCUAAUCCCAUAGCCGAUUUUACGGAUACUGAAUUACACCUUUUGGACUGGCCACCGUGCUACGUUCAUGAGGAUCUACUGAAGUUUAAUGACAAGUCUCGUCCAGUAACCCCGCCGCGACCACAAAAUGCGUGGGUGCUGUAUAGGAAAAACUUUGAAAAAUGCCUGCGUUUACAAAAUCCUGACGGUGUCUUUCGCGUAAAAGACGUCUCUAAAAAAGCUAGCUUACAAUGGAAAGAAGAGCCGAGCGAAGUCAAACAGUAUUUCUGUGCACUCUCAAAAUUCGCGCAGUAUGUUCAUAGAUAUACCUAUCCCUAUUAUGUAUAUCAUCCAAAACGGAGAAAGCGGGAAAACAAAGAAUACAGGUUUAAAGUCAUAGGGAGUAAAGAAUACGGGAGGCGUGAAAUAAUAAAAGAGGCCGCGAACAAGAGAACCGACGAAGGAAAUGGCGAGAGUGCUGGACGCACAGAAACUUCGAGUGAAGAAUGUAACCUGAUAAAUGAGAAUACUGUUGGCGUUGUACCUGUUGAGAACUCCAAUCUACCAAUGACGCUACCAUGA